ACCGGAAGUGAAGUUUUUACAUGUAAAUCUAAUGUUUACAAGUUUAUCAUGCUCUUCUUCAAAUCUUGAUUCUUAUAUUCCAACUCGGAUGGAGGGAACAACUGGUGAACCUAUUGAAUCAGAGAUGGGUUAACAUAAUGUUACAGCUUAGGACUUUCCUGACUGCCUUUGUGAUUCUUUGUACCCUGGAAGUGACUUCAGGAGUAGGAACUACGUUUGGUAAACACUUUCUGGUAGCUGCGCCUAAAAUGAGCAAUAUCUACAGCAGCAAAAAUAAGACACCAUCCAUUGUAUUCUUUCUGUUCACAGUGGAGCCAGUAACAUUUGAGGUCAGAUACAAAAUUGAAUGGGCGUUGAGUGAUUUCACACCAAAAAGUCAAAAAGAGGCAUCACUUCAAUUAAAGAUGCAGACGAUCACAAAGUUUGAGUGUAAUUCUGACAGCUGCAAUAACAGGUCUCCUUCAGGGAAGAGGUCCACUUUUAGUUUUAAAGGCCAACAAAACUUUGGCCUGUGCGUUCUGUUCAACGAAAGUCCUCACUCUGGGGCGAUGAUCACUGCCAUCCCAGUGUCAGUCUGGGGCUACGACUACUACGCUGUGACAUUAGACCAGAAUCCUUCCAUUCAAGUUAUAACACAGGUAUCCAAUAUUGUCAUUAUACAUUUAAAAACAGACUAUCCUCAUAGCCUGCACAUAAACUAUAUGGGGAAAAAAUUUAAAAAUGGUGAUCAACUAAAGAUUGAUUUAAACGAAAAUGAAUCCUUUGAUUUCUCCGAGUGCCAUGAUCACAACUAUUAUGGAAGCAUGUCUGGCACCUACAUCCGUGGAGAGGAACCUAUUGGUAUUAUCUCUGGCAGCUGUCGCUCUGGUGUUGAGUUUAUCUACUGUUACGAGGAGAGAAUUGGUGAUGUGAAAUCCUCUGAUAUUUUGACUGAGAUGCUUUUGCCCAUUCAUUCUCUGGGCAGGGAGUUUGUAUUGUUUGCAAUGCCAUCCAGGGGGACAACCAACAUGUUUAUGGUGACUGCAAGAUAUGAUGACACAAAAUUGACAAUCUACUCUGAGAAUACUGGCAAGGAUGAGUACAGGAAAGAGAGCAUUCCUAAGGCUAACAGUACACUCAGGUUGAAUCUCUUGCGGCUGGCCAGUUACAGUUUAAUCACAGAUAAAGCUGUACAAGUGAUUGCUGUUCAGCGGUCACCAUGUUUUAAUACAUCGUCAUUUGUAAUGUACACGUGGGAGGAUCUUGGAGACCCCAGCUUGAGUGUGGUGGUGCCCAACGAGCUUUUCUACUAUGUGUAUAUGUGGGGCACUCCAAAAUUUGGCAUCGGAGUUCAGUUCUUUGUCGCCAUAAUCAUCAGAGUUCAGCACAAGAAGAAAAUUUUUCUCAACGAUCGAAACGUUCCAUUAACAGACUUUAAAUGGGACUCUGUGGGAAGGCGGCACCGGUGGGACAUUGGUGAACUUUCAGUCCACGAUGGCUACAACCAGCUGAAUGUGGAAAAGAACUACUACUUUGGCUGCUAUGUCUAUGCUCUUGGAAAUGACUAUGCCUACAUGAGGCCAGGGGGUGCCAUAGUGGCCCCAUUAUAUGAUCCAGAUUGUAUAAGAACAAUGGCGUCUAUGAAGAUUAACGACCUACUUGAUAAUGAUUGUGAUGGGAAAGUGGAUGAGGAGAAAGAAGACGGCAAAGACAAUGACCAGGACAAUGACGUUGAUGAAGAUCUUGGAAUGGUUGAAGAUGAAGAUGUGGAGAAAUACAGAAAUUCUCGGACAACAACCGCCUUACCAGGGACAGGGUGUCCACCUUUCACAUGGGGAGCAGGAUGCGCCCAAAGCUGUGCUAAUUGUGUGAAAGAUUGUUUAAAAUGGAACGGCACCUGCAGUGGCUGUAAAGGAGGUUUCAGUGACGCUGCUCAUGGCUGUAAUAAAGAGUGUGAAAAAUAUAAGUACGGAAAAGAUUGCACUGGUGAUUGUGCUGCCAAAUGUGAAGGAGUUGACUGUUAUGAGAGAGUUUAUGGAGAAUGCCAAGCAUGUCCUCUCGGCUACUGGGGUGAAGGCUGCAAAGAGACCUGCUUCAACUGUAAAGGCGGCUGUGACACAUCAUAUGGAAAGUGCACCAGCUGCAUAGCAGGAUUCAAAGAUCCACAAACACAUUGUUCUGAUUCUUGUGGUAACUUUGAAUAUGGAGAAGACUGCAAAAGUGAUUGCAAAAACAAAUGUGGGGGAAAAGAUUGUUUUGAGCGUAGAUUUGGAGAGUGUAAAAAAUGUCCUUUAAACAAAUGGGGGCAACAUUGUGCUGAGAGCUGCAUCAACUGUAAAGAUGACUGUGAUAAGAGUUACGGAACCUGCAAAUUCUGCAAAGCUGGGUUUAAGAACCCGAAAAAUGGUUGUAAUGUUUCUUGUGGUGCUAAUGAGUUUGGGGAAGACUGCAAAGGGAAUUGCCAACAGAAAUGUGGAAAAGAUUGUUUCGAGAGAGCCUUUGGUUCAUGCAGUGAAUCAGGGUCUUGGGAAGAAUGGCACUGCAGUCGUAUAUGUUCAGACCGAUUUCAACACCGUAACAGAAUAUGUGCAAAGCCAAAGUCUCCAAUCUGUGAUGAGCAUGCUACAGAAAAGAGAGGUUCAGAUUGUUAUGUCAAAGGUAAAUGUCCAACAGAUUGCCAGCCUUAUACCUGGAAUGUUGAUUGUGUCGGGAGCUGCAAGAACUGCAAGUCGGAGUGUGACAAGUUUAACGGAAGCUGCGACUCAUGUAAAGCUGGGUUCAAGGAUCCCACCAAUGGCUGCAACAAAGGUUGUGAGCAGUUUGAGUAUGGUGAGGAUUGCAAGGGGGACUGCAAAGUCAAGUGUAAAGGAAAAGAUUGCUUCGACAGGAUUAAUGGCACCUGCAUAGUUGAUGGACAAUUAAGUGAGUGGACUGAGUGGAAAUGCAAGAGAGACUGUGAGAGUUCAGAACAUAUACGAGUUAGAUUGUGUAACAACCCUCCCCCUGCCUAUGGUGGUGCUGACUGCAAAGGGGAAACAGAAGAGUUCAAAUCCUUGUCAUGCUUGCCAGGCAUUAUCUGCCCAGAGAAUUGCAAAGAAUUCAGAUGGGGCGUCAACUGCAAUAAUAGCUGUGAAAAUUGCAAGACAGACUGCAAUAAGGUGGAUGGCUCGUGUGCUAAAUGUAAAGCAGGAUUUCAGAAUCCUGUUUAUGGCUGCACAAUGGCUUGCAAGAUUUACCAGUUUGGAGAAGAUUGUCUGGGGGACUGCAGAGUUGAGUGUGCAGGACUUGACUGCAAAGACAGAACUACUGGAAAAUGUCCAUUCAACUUUUGGAAGUAUUUGCCUUUCUUUGUGCCACUGCUUCUAGUGCCUUUGUGUUUGUUCUUGAUUGCAAGAGAAAGAAAAAAACGAGGUAAACAGAUUGAUGGCGAAACAAGUGCAAUUCAGACAGAGAAAUCUGAAAAGUCUGCUUUUACCGGGACAGCCUCCUUAGACUCUUAUUUCAAUGAGCAGAUGUCCCAUUCAACUUAAAAGACGAAAGAAAUAACAGCCAUCUUUGCCUGUAAUGUGUCACACUCAGCAGAGUCGUAAUCGGAGACUAGAACUGUGUCGAGAAUUGUACAGGUUACUGGUAUCUAAGUUAUCAGAUUAUGGCUCUAGUUGCAAUAUAAGUCAGAAAACUCACACCUUAUAGAGCCUGUUAUUUAUUACCUGCACUAUAAUUAUUUCCUUGUCAUUCAUAUCAAGCAUACACACAAUUCUAUAAAACUAUUUUAUAUCGUAUCCUAGCUGAAUAUGACAAGCGGCCUGCCGGCCUUUGUUUUGGUAUUAUUGAUCUACGGGUUUCAGUUUAGAUCUAUGUUAAACAUGGGGGAAUAUUCCCUUCACAUUCUUUUUAUUUUGCAAUAAAAAAAAAAGUAGAGUUUGAAAAUCGGUAAGCUGUCCAGUAGUGGGCUGGACAUACAUACAUCAUACAUACAUACACCUUACUUCCUGCUUUAUAUAUCAGAUAUAUAUAUACAUAUAUUAUGCACAAUGAAAAAAUCAUGGUCAGGUUCUGUUGAAAGUAGUGAUACAUAAAACAAACAAAAAAAUAUCCUUACCAUAAAAAAACACCAAUUUUAAUUUGCAUAGGAGUUAAGAAUAGGUCUCUUGAAACUCUAGGCCAAUGGAGGCAGGCCUUCGCUGGUCUGUUUCAACAAUUCAAGGGGAUGGAAACAUGUCGCACAUUCAAUUCUUGCCACAAUCCUGUAAUCUGUAUUUUUAUUUGUGUAUCGAUGUCGGUAAACUCUAAGUAGGAAGUCGGAUCUCUAUAAAGAAUCUAAGCUUGCCCCGGGACAUCGGUAGUGAUAUCACCGCAUUUCUAGCUAAGAAUUUCAGUUUGUUUAUGAAGUUUCAUUAUUAUCCUGAAAUCAUGGGUCUCAAGAGUAAGCAACUGUAUGUUCUAGUCAUGCUGGAUGGUGCUCAUUUUGUGCUAAGGGAGGCUAUCCAAUCUAAUUAAUUAAAUUAUUAUUUAUCUCCCCUUUUUUUUCUUUGUUAUAUUCAGACUGAAUUCACUCAUGAUAUAGAGAAUCAUAACUCUUUCUCUCCGUAAUUAUUUUUCCGAGUUUUGAAGGAAUCCUUUAUUUUGCUCAUUACUAUUUCACUACCCUGUUAUGAUUAAGCUUCAAUAGCUUUUUUGUUUGUUAUCGGAAAAUGUUGUAUUUGGUAUAAAAUUAAAGGGAAAUGCCUGCUCUUUUUAUGCAAACAAAGUCAAAUUUAAAAAAUUAAACAUUAAUUUAAUGUAAUGGGCUCAAAUCAACGAUGGUAUCCUUGAUUAGGAGAGAAAGAGUUAAGUUAUACUAGUAUCUUUACAAAUUUUUUUUAUAAAUGACUAGUAUAAGAUGGAUAUAUAUAAUAUCAACAGAUAUUUUCCACUAUCACCUCUUUAUUUGGACUGUAAUAAUUUGUUUAAUUAACUGUGAUAUUUUUACAUAUAUAUUUUCUACAAUUUUAAACAUUUGC